AUGCGCCACCAAGAACCUGGACAUUUCCGAAGAAUGGUUGAGGAACAGCGCGUCGUCAAAACCGGUGGCAUCACAGACAUUGACACAGCGUAUCUCUACGUAAACAGUGAGAAGCUGCUUGGACAGUUGAAUGCUGCUCGGGACUUCAACAUCCACACGAAGGCACCAGGGGUGGUGCCAGGGUGCAUGAGUAGAGAAUCAAUUCUCAAGGGCAUGGAGAACUCCCUCCAGGAACUAGGCGUGGACCAUGUGGAAGUAUACUAUCUCCAUACGGCAGAUCCAGCCACUCCUCUAUACGAGACUCUGGCGGCUAUUCAGAAACUCUACAACGAGGGCAAAUUUCGAGUCUUCGGAAUUUCAAAUCUGUCAGCAGAGGAGGUACAACGACUGUACAAUCUUGCCAAAGAAAGCUCCUUUAUCCUCCCGUCAGUGUAUCAAGGGAACUACAAUCCUGUGGCCCGUCAUGCCGAGAAAGAUCUCUUUCCUCUGCUCCGAAGGUUAGGCAUCAAAAUCUACGCCUAUAGUCCUCUGGCUGGUGGGUUUCUAGCCAAAACAGCAAAUGAGAUCCGUGGCGACAAGCUAGGCGGCCGAUGGAGUCGAGAUGACCCUGUGGGGCAGAUUUAUCAUAAGCUCUAUAAUCGCCCUUCUCUAGUAUCUGUCCUCGAAAAAUGGGAGCAGCUCGCACACGAGAAUGGCAUGAAAAUGGUAGAGAUGGCUUAUAGGUGGAUGCUAUAUAAUUCAGCCCUGAAGACAGAGUUUGAUGACAGCAUCAUCGUUGGCACGAGAAGAGCUAGCCUUCUUGCGGAGACACUAGAAUUCGGGCGGAGGGGAUCACUAGAGGAGCAUGUUUUGUUGCAAAUUGAUGCCAUCUGGCGAUUAGUAGAACACGAGGUACGUCCGCCUGAAAUCAGCACGAGUUCCUUUUUCGCUUACCUAUCUCAGGCGCCAGUCGACAAUAUGCGAGGCUAG